AUGAAAUCAGAUGAGGUAACAAUUAUUGCUGCAAGAAAUGAUGAUCUCAUCUGCAAGUAUGGUAGCAUCAUUGCAGAGAGACAUGGGCAAGACAACCUUCACCUGUCGUCACAAGGGAUUCGACAGCUUUCAAGGCUGCUGAUACAGCUCAGAACCAACAACUCCAUGGGGAUUCACCUCAAAGACUUUCUAAAGCCAGAGUAUUUUGACCACAUUGUGGCUUGAGUUAAGACCCUUUGCAACUUUGAGGAAUCAUCAGCAAAGUCAGUCGGAAUACCAUCCCUUGCACUGAAGUUAGGCCAUGCCAUAAAUAAGUGCAUCACCAUCCAAAGAGGUAAGGCUUUGAGAGAAAAAGACCAGGUGCCGCUACAAGACAUGGACAAUCUCGAAAAGCUUAUGGGAUCUGAAUGGAGCGAUAGCAUUUCAUAUCACUCACUAGGAACACUCUACAAGAGGAAAUUUAACAAGCCAGAUCUGCUUCCAGUUACAGAAGACUUGGAGGUGUUGAGAAAGCAUCUCCUUCAAAAGAUUGUCACUUGCACAGAGACCUUAAAAGCUGCACCAACAAUACAGAAUUGGAGUGAGUUAGCUGAAACAACCCUUUGCCGGGUGAUAACAUUCAAUAAACGACCAGGUGGUGAAGUUUCAAAGAUGCUGUUGAGUUCAUUUGUAGAAAGGCCAGACUGGAAGAAAACAGCAACAAAAUGA